AUGGACGGCUCAAACGGAAAACCACCUGCAGGCCGCAUUUACUUUGGCUCGCUCGAGGACGUCGAGGCAAGGAACCGUCAGGCCGCAGCCGCCGCAGCUGCUGCUGCUGAUCCCGUCCCUGCCUCAUCACAACCCAAAGGAACCACCCUCGACAACCUCAAGGUGGAUGACAAGUAUGACCUUGCAGACUCGUCCAAGCGCGCAAGAGACCAACACAUGGAAGUCAUGGAGAUGUUCGAGCGAAAGAAGCGUGCAAGGACAGUCGUCGUUCCAACAGACGACAAGAAAGUCAGAGAGAAGCUUCGGGAACUCGAUGAACCCGUCUGUCUCUUCGCUGAAGAUAAUAUGGAUCGACGAGCACGUCUCAGGCACUUGUUGGCAAAGGAUGCCGUUAUUGAAGGAGGCGAUGAAAAGAUGGCUUCAGGAGACGAAGAAGAUGAAAGUGGCUCAGAUGAUGAGGAGGAAGUAUACACUCCAGGAACAGACAGUCUAUUGAAAGCAAGACGGGACAUUGCCCACUACUCUCUGCCCAAGGCGGCUGAGAGAGUCAAGAGGCAGAACGCAGAAACUGAUAUCCCGAUUGGAGUGUUUAAAGCAAUGCGCUCAGAGGAGUUUGGAAAACUGAUGACAUACGCGAACCACUCUUCGCAGAUCGGUGAUGACAGGCCGCUUUCUCAAUGUGCAUUUUCACCCGACAGUCAAUAUUUGGCAACAGGCUCGUUUGGAGGGCUCUGCAAGAUCUGGAGUGUUGCCAACUCAAAACUCUCACAUACAUUAAGAGGUCAUACGGACAAAAUUGGAGGGCUCAAGUGGCACCCAAAGGCACAUAUCAGUCAGGACCGCGGAGCAGUGAACCUCGCCUCAGGAGGAGGAGACGGCAUCGUGAACCUGUGGUCACUCGAAAGUGACACGCCGAUCCAGUCGUUGAAGGGCCAUGAGGCCAGAGUUGCUCGUAUUGGAUUCCACCCAAUGGGUCGCUUUUUGGGCAGCGCAGGAUUCGACGGAACAUGGAGACUGUGGGAUAUUGAGGCUGGAACAGAGGUAUUGACACAACGUGGACAUUCUCGAGAGGUGUACGCGAUUGGAUUCCAAUGCGAUGGAUCGUUGGUUGCAACGGGAGGUCUGGAUGCUAUCGGAAGAGUAUGGGAUCUGAGGACAGGACGGUCAGCGUUGACGAUGGAGGGACAUGUGUCUGAUAUUCUGGGCAUUGACUUUUCACCUAACGGAUACCAGAUCGCCACUGGAAGUGCAGACAAUACUAUCCGGAUCUGGGACUUGAGGGCACUCCGGUCGAUCCACUCCAUCCCUGCCCAUACCAACCUCGUCUCGGAUAUCAAGUUCUUUGCUGGAUCGCCGUAUGAAAAUGACCCUGACGCAAGGAUGCAUGUUGAGGGAGAGGAGCCACGGCCGAGUAAGAGCGGACUAUACCUCGGAAGUGGCAGUUUCGACGGCACGAUCAAGAUCUGGAGUGCCGAUGACUGGAAGCUUCAGAAGAGUUUGGUGGGACAUACGGGCAAGGUCACUGGCGUCGAUAUCUCCAACGAUGGUCGCUACAUUGGCUCCAGUGGGUUUGAUAGAACAUUCAAGCUCUGGGCACCCGAAGCGGCCGACUAUUAG